UUACUUGAGACAGUCAUGAUUUCUGCUGCUCCGGCUGAAGUGCGUUUGCUACUUUCUUUGCUAUUUUUGCCGCAGAAGGAGUUGUUGCUGGGAGGCUCUCGGGGCAGUGUCGCUCUGGUUCCGCCCAGUGCGGAAGCUGAGGGGCGUUCCUCCAUGUCCGUGGCCUAUCCUGACAGGAUAGGGGCAGGAUGGGGCGGGGCCGGCGGCUGCCCCGGCGGGCGGCUUCCCGCGCCCGGCACCGCCUCAGGGCGCCCGCGCGCGGACAUGGCGGCGCCCGCCUACCCCGCCUGGGUGACGCGCUGGGUGUCGGGGCAGUGGCGGAACAAGAAGCGGCCCCCGGCGCUCCGCCCGCCCCGAACACUGGCGCUGGCCGACAAGGUGGCGAACCGCCGGGAGCAGUCGACAGAGGCAACGUGCAUUACGGAGAUGUCAGUAAUGAUGGCCUGCUGGAAACAGAAUGACUUCAACGACACGCCUUGUGCCAAGGAGAUCAGGAUGUUCUAUGACUGCGUGGCAAAGGCAGAAAAAGAGCGCAAGAAUCAAAAUGAGGACACCCUGGCAUCCAGGGGAAAUUUGCCUUCAAGCAAAGUGAACAAGCUCCUGAAGAGGUUUCCUCAGAUCACACGUUAUGUAUAAUAUACGUUAUGAAAGAGACUGUGGACAAGCAAUUAAAGUUGGGGUCUUGGUCAAAAAAAGGAAAGUCAAAUUGAGUGAAUUUUUGAUGUCAAGUGGUGUGUGGAUCUUGACCCUGCUUUUGAUUCCAGAGCAAAAACCACUCAUCUUUAGUAUCAGCUGAUUUUGUUCAUGAGGCUCUUGGGUCUUGCAGUGUUAGGAUUUCUGCAGCGUGUUGUUCAGCUUGCUACUCAGGUCCUCACUGUUAAAGAGGACUUCUUCGUGUGCAAGCUUCUUGCCCAGCUCUUGGCUCAAACACUGAUAGUAAUGAUGGUAUGAUGGCUCAUACUCUUACAUGGGUGUAACACCAUCUGGUGCCUCUUGAAAUUUUUUUAAUUUCCACUGCUGUAAAAAAAAAAGGCUGUAAAAUUUAGAAAAAAUCUCCAGCAAAAUACCUUGUUCAUACAUAAUACAUUGGUAAGUAUCAAAUAUAACUUUAACAUGGAAGUUUGUGAUUUAGACCCUCUGAUUUGCAGAUAGGACAGGUAUGGUACCACAUAAGUUUGAUUAUUUUGUCUGUACUGUAAUAAAGCAAGACUGGUGUUUGACUUGGGCAUCUCAUAAUCUACAACAAAA